CAGCGGCCAGUAUUGCGCGGACUGCGUGCGCGUGCGCGCGUUCCACUUUCAAAUUCAAAAUCACGUUCGAAACAGCCAGUGAUAUUGUAGUGUUUAAGUUUAGUGUUUUAUUUUUUUAAAUAAUAUUGUGUUAAACCUUUUUUGGUGGAACGGAAUUGGAGUUUCUAAUUGAAGAUCACCGCCUCUACUGAUUACUACAAGAAAACUGUCAUCUCAUACUUUUGAGAAGAUGUAGUUUUUCAACAUACUUACCUACAUAAAGAACUAUUUCACCCAGAAUCUUCGAAAGCCAUGCCAGCAUACAGACACAACAACAAAUUAUGAUCAGACAUCGAAACUUCUAGAGAAAACCGAAGUUUCUGCACAAGUAUGAGAAUUCUAGAACGCUCUAGAAGAAAUAGAAGGUGUAUAGGAAUGUGAUAAGGCUGUUAUAUAAGUAUUUGUCCAAGAUGUCGACGAGUAACGAGUUGAGUGACUUGGAGACGCCGAAGCUUCGCAUGAAGCCGGCAGUCAGUCGGAUAUUCUGCUGCAGUGUCACUGCUGCUUCUGGCUUCGUUGCGGCUUAUGCUUUGGUGGCAUACGCGAUCGCCUUGAUCUACGAGAUAGUGUGGGUGGUGGAGUCGCAGAGCGGGCUGCCGCUGGCGUCCGCGCUGCUGAUGGUCUGCUACUGCAUCGUCAUCGCCGCCACCGUCGUGCUGGUGCAUGGACUUAUUUCUAAGAACAACAGAUGCCUGCUGGCGUGGUUGAUAGCAGUCAUACUAGUUCUCAUACCGGAGUGUGCGCUAGUCUUCUACAUGUCUAUAAGUCAUUGGGGUCUACAAGGAGUGUACGGCGGCGCUGAGCUGGCGUGCUAUGUGGCUCGACUGCCGGCCAUCGUAUGUGGAGUCGUGCUAGUACAAUCAGCGUAUGCACUUAGGGAAGCUAGGAAAGCCGGUUACAGUGCAGGCGGCGCGGUCAGCGGGAGUGAGUUCGACGCGAGCCACUUCGUGCCAGACGCGCCUAAUGCUUUCACCAAUGACGGCUUCCUGCAAGACAACGGUAAUGCGGAUCUAAAUUGCAGCAUAGAUUAUGGUAAAUCUGGCUCAAUGCCAGAUCUCCGUCGUCACCUGGCGAGCCGUCAGUCGAUGAACCUCGGCUACCCACCGCACAUGUUACCACAGCCCCCACCGGCGUACUGGCAGCACCUUGCAGACAGACAAUACGCUGCCAGCCUCCGGGGCUACCCCAAAUCCUACCAAGCCCCACAAAUAUACGGAACAUGGGUUGGACCCAGGUCGGGUCCCUAUGACAACCCCUACAAACGAAGACAUUCCAUAGUUGGAGCUUUCCAAACAGACGAAUACCCACCAAAAGGCUACGAUUACGAAGACAGAAUGGAUUGUAAGAGUGAAAUAGCUUACCCAUAUUACCGGUCUUACCCCUACGAUCCGAGGGCUUACCCACCGGAUUAUGAUCCGAGAUUUUACCCCGAAUACAAAAGGGAGGAUGCGGCGUACGGUGUCAAUUUGCUAAGACAUGAACCGUAUCAUUUUAGCGGGUCAAGAGAGAGAGUGUUCUAUAGUAUGAGGAAUAGCCACACAUCUGUAGGUAACGAGUCGGAUGAUCUGACUAAAUAUAAGGAUGUUGCUUUGUAAAAAUGUAUUUUUGUUACAUAGAUCUACAUGAAUAUGGAAAUUAUUUUAUACUACUAAGUAUUAACGUCGAUCUCGACUAUUGAACGUGGCAAUUGAGAAGAGAAUAAGUUACAAGAAAACUCCUUGAAAUUGAGUCAUCCAUUCAAGAAUUACGAGGCCAUAGGCAGAGAGACUUUAGCAUCAAACUUAUAGCUUCCCUUUUUUGCGUUUGGAGUUAAAAAUUAAACCUUGGCGUACUUUACAAGAGCCACCACAGAAUGAUAUUGAGCAAAAUCAGUCCUUUGAAUAAAAAUGUGGAUUAUUGAGGAUCCUGGGUACAUUGACAGGGUGUGGCUGUACAUAGUGUACAAUUGUACAUGCCUAAUUAUAGAAGUUUUGUAUAGACUCUAAAAUAAGCUCAGAGUUUAGCGCAGUAACACCGUGUUAAUUCUAAACCAUCGUGAGAUUUUCUCUAUAGAAAUUGUUAUUAACCGAAUUUGUAUGUUUUUGAAGAAAUGCAAAAGAUUAAUAGAAAUAGGAUUAAGAUAAGUAAGCAGUAAGAGAUGAUGUAUGUAGGGACACUUUCACUAUUGCUGAUUAAGUUUCUGUAGGCUUAAUAUUGACGCAUAUUAAAUAGAAGAUUACUGCGAUAGAUACCUACCAGAGACGUAUUAUCCCUAAGGCAAGUGCUUAGGGCGCCAAGGAGGCGCCGUGUCGUCGCGAGACGCGCGUACUUAUAGAAUGACGGCGGCGCCAAGAAAUAUUAGGGGCGCCUAUGAGGUGCUUCCUUAGGGCGCUGUCUGUUUAAAUCCGCCUCUGGUUCUGAUACAUACGUUAAAUUAUCUGUCAAUUAUAGGCACUAUGUAAUAGAAUCUUAGUCAGAUAUUGUGAAAGAGGUCACCCUUAACCCUUCGUGUGCCGGAACGCGGAUCCACACGAGACACAAUGUGUUUUCUAUUGUUGUCUUAUAUACGGCAUACGAGAGGUUAAACUUGUAGGUACUUAGUUACUUAAUAAGAAAUUAUUUUUAUAAAAUGUUACAUUAAAAAUGAAUUAUUGUACCUACUUAAGUAGAUGUCUCUAGUUAAGUUAGUACUACUUUAUAGCUAGUUAAGUUACCUAAUUAACCAAAGGUAUUAUACAGUUUGUUUUAAGUAGAUAUAACUGUAACUUUAAGUGUGUAAACCAAGAUGAAAUCAGUCACUACAUUUUAUAAAAAAUUCAAUCAAUAAAUGGAAUUUGUAUGAAAA